AUUACUUCCUGAUCCACGAUAUAUUACAAAAUCGUGUAGAAAUAACUUUGUUUAAAAACAUUCGAAUUCACAAAGUUUGAUAUUAUGCUCAUAAAAGUUCUGUGGAUUAAUUGGACAUUUUUGAAUUUUAUUGUAACUCGGGGCUAUGAUGAUUUAUCAGCGAAUAAGGUCGCACAACAAUACACAACGUUUAGUGCUUGCCAAUCGUGUGUUGCUAGUAUAGCUGUCGAUAGAGACAUACAAACCUGUACCAGGAUGGAAGAAAUAGGAUCCACCUCGUUGGAUAAGAGUACCUGGUGGUAUGUAGACCUUGGAGGUAUAUACAAUCUGUACAAUAUCAGGAUACAGUUCAAGGACUAUGGAGGGUAUACCAUGAGACAGAGGGGUCGUUUUGCCGGGUUUUUCUUGUAUGUGUCAAACACAACUGAUCGACAUAUGGGACACCUGUGUUACAAGGACGGACCAGAGUUACCUCCCCUGGAUUUCAACACAAACUGUAUAACACAUGGACGUUACGUUAUCUUUUACAAUGAAAGACUACCUGGAAAAAUCUAUCCUAUGGGUUAUGAAAACACCAAUGUUUUUACAGAGCUGUGUGAAGUAAUAGUAACAGGUUGUUCCUCGUCUGGUGUUUAUGGAGGAAACUGUGAUCAAGUCUGCCCAGAGACUUGUCAAUAUCGUAGAUGUGACAUCAUCAAUGGGACCUGUUUAGGAUGUACACCAGGGUGGUUAGGAGCACGCUGUAACAAAGCUUGUCCUGUCGGAUAUUACGGUCUACUGUGUGAAUCAAAGUGUGUUGGACAUUGUAAAGACAGCGCCGGUUGUAAUCACACUAGUGGUUUGUGUGACAAAGGAUGCGAUGAUGGUUGGACUGGAUGGAGUUGUACCAAAGAAUGUCCAAUAGGGACGUUUGGACCAGACUGUGUGUAUAAAUGCAGUGGGAAUUGUUUUGGUGACGUUGCAUGUAACAGAACAACCGGAAUGUGUGACACUGGCUGCGAUAUUGGAUAUACUGGAGUUUUGUGUGACACAGGUUGUGAAAUCGGAAAGUAUGGUAAAGAUUGCAGCGUAAAGUGCAGUGGACACUGUCUAGAUAACGUUUCCUGCAACUCAACAACUGGACACUGUGAUGGUGGAUGUGAUUUAGGAUAUGUAGAACCUCUUUGCAACAAAUUUAAAAAUGAUUUAGAGUCUAAUGCGUUGAGAGAAAGUUGUAAUGAAGCAUCUUACAUCGCUGGAUUAUCAGUCUUGGCUAUCAUCUGUAUUAUGUUAGGCAGUGUAUGCCUAUUUCUAAUGUGGAAACAAUACAAACUAGUAAAGAAGAUGCGCUCUCAGCAAUAUAUCUCUAUAAUAAGAACAUCAACACAAGACAACAACGCUGACAAUUGUCAACAAUAUGAAGAACUACGUAUAUAAGAAAAUGAAGUCCCCAACAUCGUAUUUAAAAAAGUGAUGGUAAAAGUCGAAAGUUAGGAUAUAAUAAGAUGUAAAUGAAAUCAGCUGUUUGGAAAUACCGUGUUUUCGUGUUUUUAUUUUCGUGCUGAAAUCAAAGAAUCAAAAUAGAAAUAUUGGUUAUCUUUCAAUAUUAUUCGUAUUCUUAGAGGGGUAUUGAAGUGAUAAUUUUAAUAACGGUUAAGUGUAUAUCUGAGACUUGACAUUGUAUCAGUAAGACUGUGCACACGGACUUUUUUGACACAUAUGAUUAGUAAAUGCCUACACAACUAUGUUUUGUGAUAAUGAUAGUUGCAAACCGGGUGCAAAAGCAAUUAAAGUGUGCAUAUUUGACCUAAGAAAGCCAAACAUUAUUUAUAAAGUGAACAAAUGAAUAAUUGUCGUAACAUCCUGAAACAAAUGUUUUCGGCGUGUAUAAUGACAAGAAAUAAAGGCAAAUCUUAUAUUUAUUGUUUAUUUUUACACCUAUUUUCUGUAAGUGGAGGUGUUGUCUCAUUCCAUUUUAAGUUAUGUUAAGUUUAUGACUUUAGAAAUUUAAAAUUUUACUGUAUUCUACAGCGUUCAGUCAAAUUAUUAAUUUUAUGUUCCACAUUUUAAAAGAAAAAUUCUUGAUAUGUUUGUAUCUUCUCAUUAUCAACAUUUUUUUUAUUUUACUUUCAAAGACAAGGGGGAAACGUAAUGUAUAGACCAUGGACAAAGGUAUUCGCAUGAUGAUUGUGAUUAUUUUUUUCACCGAAUUACCGGUUAUCAAUCAGUUUUUGUACUACAUGUACGUGUAUUUAGAUUGUACAAAUAAUUUUAUAUGUGCAUAAAACUGAGGAAAAAAAUACCUCAUAUUUUUCGUAAGAUCAGGAAAGCAAGAUGAGUAAAAAGUAAAGUAAAAAAAAAAUGAGUAAAAAGCAAGGUUUACUCUUAAUUGUUUUUUUUUUGGACUUGUCGAACUCGACGCACUCGUUUCGGAACUGAUGCAUACAAUUUUUUGGGGAGAGGGCGGUCUAAGUUUGGAAAAUCUUUUGCCCAAUAUACGUACAAUAAAAGUAUGAUGAAACCAAUUGUUGACAUAUAUAUUCAUUUAUUGUCUUUUUCAGGCUUUGUUGUUUUCAGCAUGCUAUAAUGCAGUACUAAUAUGGCAUUAAGUUGAUGUCUACCGAUGAUUAGAUACAUAUCAUCAUUCUGUAAAUCUUUAACUAACUGGAUAGCAGUAAAUACAAAAUGUUGGAAUUUUUGUAUGUACUGCCACCCGAUAAAUCUAAAAUUUACAACAAGACAGUAAAUCUGUUUGCUUCAUUUUGACAAAUAUUCUACUUUAUUACCAAUAACGAAAAUCUAACACUUUAAAAAGAAUAUCAUGCCUACAAUUGAUUAUACAUACAUUUCAUCAUACUUUACUCUUCA